AGCAGCAACAUCCGGCUGGGUGAUACAUUUAGCUGCUACAGUAAGGUAUGUAUUCAUUACUUGGGGACAGCAAGGCAGGGGGUCAUGUGAUUCUCUGUGCAAAGAGCACCUGCCAGUGAAUACAUUGUUACAGCCCACAGACACAGCUAGCAUGCCUAUAAACAAAGAGCUAGUAUAGAAAUCACCCAUACAGGGCAGCAUUGCAUGGAUGCAGAGGGCUUAAAACUUUGCAGAACCCAGUAAUUAUAAAAUAAAAAUGUAUAUAAACUAAUUUUACUCUGUUUUAUACACAUGGUAUUAUGUGUGUGUAGAGAAUUCACAGAGUGGUGUUUUUAUAAAUACUAUUAGUAUAUAACAGAGAUUAAAACUAUUCUCAAUCAUGUGUACUAUCAAUAAAUGCCUCUGCUGGUUUAUUCUAUUACUCUUUAAAAUAUGGAUUGUAUUCAUUAUCUACAUGUGUCUUGCCAGAGUUUAGUCCUGGUCCCUUUUAAAGAAUGGACUUUUGCCAAAAAUCUUGUUUUGACUGGGGAAAAACUGACACCAAGUUUGUUUUAUCAGAUAUUUUUCAUUAAAAGUAAUGGUUUGCAUGGUUAAAAUUUCAUUUCAGAAACAAAAACUAGUAAAUUAUAUAUUUUUUGCACUCACAGAUAACAGUUAUGUAUUUUAGGUGUUAGAAAAUGCCCAGCUGCAUCGUGAAUGGUUGCCCAAAUUACUCUGGACGGAAAAACAGUGUUCCUGGAGUCGUCCUUCAUGUUUUUCCUAAAAAUCUCUGUUUAAUCAAGCAAUGGCUCAUACAAACUGGUCAGGAUUUUGGAGACUUCGACUUGUUUGCAAAGGGAGUCUUGGAGGGAACGAUAGGUGCGUUUCGCAUCUGCUCUGCGCAUUUCGCUCCUAACUGCUACCAUAUUGUUGGAUCUCAAAAACAGCUUAUGGCGAACGCUAUCCCAACAAUUUACCCAAAUAGAAAUGUGUCUGUUCGAUUACAGGGUGCCAUUCCUCCAAUAUACGGAAAUCAUCCAUUUAAUACGUGGACAAUCCAACCUUUUGGGCACCAGAAUGUCAAUGUUUCUGAGUUAUCCAUCAUCCAGCCUACAACUGCCCUGCUUUUAAUUCAAACAAAUGAUGUUUGUCCACGUAAAGAUCUGCGUCAGGCUGUUGGUAAUUUGGUUCCUACUUCAGAUCCAGAUAUGAGUAGGAAAAAUGCAACUAAACGCUCAGAUCCUCCUCCUUCUGAGAAAAAAAAUGCCAGCACAUCUACGUUUUCUUUAAUUUAUGAAGGAAAAAUGGAUAGAGCAAUACAAUGGCCAGAAUAUGAGCAAAAUGUGGAUGGGGAACCGUGGAAGAUUAGUCACGACCAUUACUAUGAGAAUUCGGCAAUGAAAAUUUCCUACCCUGCCAGUUUGUUACAUUAUUUAAUAGCAAAAGCCAAAAUUGACAGGUUUGAUGAGGAAUAUUCAGAAGAUGAUCUGGUAUGAGAGUUUGUGUUCAUUAGAUUUCAUACUUAUUGUAUUUCCUUAAAAGCUUCAUAUUAAUGUGGAAAUUUAAAAACCCACCCAAAAGUGACCAUUAGGGACGCUUUCAAUGGAGGAACGUACACAUUUCAAAGUAGGUACACUGUGUCCUUUAAAUGGACACUAUAGUCAUCAAAGCAACUUUAGCUUAAUGAAGCAGUUUUAGUGCCUAGAUCAUACCCCUGAAGUUUAACCGCUAAAUUUGCCAUUUAAGAGUUUAAUUACUUUUGUUUUUGUAUAUGCAGCCCUGGCCACACCUCCCCUGGUUGUGACUGAAACAGCCUGCAUGGAAAUAAAAUGGUUUCAUUUUCAAUCAGAUGUAACUUUUUUUUAAAAGUUUUUUUCUCUUGCUCUGCAUAUUGAACUUUAAUAAUAUACAGGUCGCUGCUGCACGGUCUAGCAAGCUAUUGACAGAGCAUGAGAUAAGAAAUUCUAAAUUAAAUAGAAUUUUAAGUGAAGGAUUUGACUCUUUACAGGAAGUGUUUAGGAAGGCUGUGUAAGUCACAUGCAGGGAGGAGGGACUAAGGCUGCCUAAAUGGCAGAGAAUCGAGCAGUGAGACUGCAGGGGCAUGAUCUAUACAGACUAUAGUGUACUUUUAAUAGAGGAGCUUACACACUGUGCAUUAGGUACGACCUGUGUUUCAGUGGAGGCCGUUAUAAAGCACAAGUACAAACUUCUUCUGUUUCCCCCUUUUAGAAUAUGCUCCUAUCAUUAUGUGGAUUCUAUGCAGCUCACACUCAAGGGUUUGUGUGGUUUUCUGUCUUUUUAUAUAAAGUGUCAAUGUGGUUGUUAACCUGUCGAUGAUGAUAGGGUGUUUCAUAACCAUCCUAAAAAUAUUGGGCGUUAACACCGUUAGGCCAGUAUAAAAGGUCCUGUAGUUUUGGAUUUAACCCUGCUCAUGGGGCACUCAUAGGACCCAAGUAUCAUUAUACACUUUGGGGUACCCUCUGUUCAGCAGCAGUGACUCCCCAUACAGAGGGACAUUCCUGGGGUCUAAAAAAAUCAAUAGGGUCCCCCAUUCGUGCCUUUGUUGGCAUGGACCAGUGGUGGGCUGUGCCUGAUUCCCAAAACUGAUCACUGUGUGAUUAUUGGGGAUCGUGUGCUGGAGCUGCAGGAUCAGAGCUAGAUCCACCCCUUAAGCUGCAAUCUCCCAGUACUGUGUGAGCUGAUGUCAGCAGAGGGAAUCCCUACUGGUAGUGUUAGUGUAGGAUAAGGAUUAUUGCUAGUUUAGGGUUAUGGAUAGUGAGGGGUUAAGUUUAGGAUAGGUGUGCGGUUAAAGUUAGUGUAAGGGUGUGCGGUUAAAGUUAGUGUAAGGGUAGGGUUGGCAUUGACUACCAAAUGUUGGACAAUGUCUCCUUCCAUAAGGGGUUGAUAUACAUUUGUUUCUAAGUCUGAAUAAAGCUUUGUUUAUUUGAUAUCCUAUGUGGAAUGCCUUCCAUAGAGCUUACAAUUUCCGGAAUGUAAUGUAUCAUCAGUACAGCAUGGCAGGGGCACCAGCAGACCAAGGUGAAACCCAAGAGACAAACUUUCACCAAUUGGUCAUUUAUAUAUCAGUUGCAGUAUUAGCCAAAAAUAGCAGAGGUGCAGAGAUUUUAUAACUGAAGUUCUCUUUUCGCUGCUAAACAAUUCCCACUUCAAGGAGUUAAAGGGACACUGUGGGCACCAGAACCACUACAGCUUAAUGUAGUGGAUUAGAGCCUGUCCCUGUGGACUAAGCAGUGUGAUGAGAACCGGCAUACAUUACUGCCAAAUGUCACCUCUAGUGGCAGUCACUCUGGCAGCCACAACAGGGACUUCCUUUGUUUGGUCCUGCAAAGAUUGCAGGACCGACAUUGAGCUUCUCCACCAAUUGAUUCACUGCAUCUCUAAGAAGAGAUGGUGACUGGCUCAGCACUGUGGUUUGUCACGGAUACGCACUAGCCUCAAGAUACCUCCCUCUGAGGAAGCAUUGUAUUGUCUGAGAUCAUCAGGAUUAGUAAUCUCAUCAGGGUGGUGGAGCGACUGCCAGAAAGGAAACUAAGUACAUUUUAAAAACAAAAUCAUUGGAAGGGAGGAGGGGCUGAAUCUAAAUAGUUACUAGAACACACAACACACCGUUAACAAUACACCAUUGGAUUGCUUGGUAGUAUGUGAUACAUUAGACAAGUCAUUGUUUAACAGACACACAUAAUGUUCAACCUGUAACAUCACCUAAAAUAAAUAGAUCAUCUCUGUUGUCUGUUCUCACAGCUCUCGGUUUUUAAGUAUCUGACUAAUGUGGUGGUGAUGGAAAAAGCCAAAAAGACGAAGACAUCACGGAUUUUGAACCAAACUCUGGAAAUCCUUGCCCAACUUACUGGAGAGGUGAGAUCUACCGUAGAUGGGACCAAUCAGACUAGACAUGGCCAGUUCCAGUCCUAAAGAGUUGGUAAAAGGAUUAUAUUGAAAAUGUAAAGAGUAGAACACAUAAAUACAUUGUUAUCACAAUUCCUGUCAAAGUUACAGCAUUAUGGAGAUCAGAAAAAGGUAAACACCUUUACUGACACAUCAGAUGUGCCCACUUUGACACAUAUCUCAUGAUCCCAAAAUCCCUUAGUCAUAUGACAUUUUGGGGUGCAUGCACAGACUUACAGGCUCAUUACAGUUACACGAACGGUUUGACCUAUGUAUUUGCUAGCAUUUUGCCUGCUCCCUGUAUAGACUACUUCUUUUUUAAUUAUUUUAGCCUUUUCACUUAAGCUGUGUGCUGAUCUCUUGUACAUUUCUCCUAAGACGGUUAUACAUUUCUGCACGGUGCAUCAUAUUUCUUUGAUUUAGUGCAGAGACCAACAUUUUUGACAAGUAAUAAUAAUUUCUUCAAAUUUUACAGGAAUGGAUCGUUGUAAAGAAAAAUUCUAUCCAUAGGAGCAUUUACGAGCUAACUGGAGAGGUAAGCACUGCUGCUAUAUAUUAAGGCAAGCACUGUCUGUCCCUUUUCCCUUUAUCUCACAGUAACCUAAUCCAGACCUUCCUGAUUGUUUGUAUGUAGACUAGAGCAAUCUUACAGGAUGUGAGUUGAUUUUGACCAUAGUUCCAUGUGUUACAGGUACCCGUGAAGCAUGAGGAUGUUGCCGUUUUCUUUACAAUGGAAGAGUGGCAGUACAUACAGCAACACAAAGACGCUUACAGUGACAUGGUCACCAUCCCUCCCCCUCCAAUCAGUCAAUGUGAAAAACGCGAUAACUGCAGCACAGGUAACCUCCCUCCCUCCUCUCCCCCGUCCCCCCCAAACUGCACCAUUUAGAAGAAAUUGAUUAAUUACCAUUUUCACAAGGAAAAUAAAUUAUUGGAAAACAAAACAAUUUUUGCGUGAAAAGAUUAAUUUUUAGAAUUUACUUUAGAAACUAGCAAAAAAACACAUGUCUUAUUUUAUACUGUUUGGUUUUCUACUGCAGUUUAUUAUAUUAAUUGUAAGCAAGACUUAUCUUAAAGGGAAACUAUAGUGCCAGGAAACAAAGUUGUUUUACAGGCACUAUAGCUCCCUAUAGUGCCCCACUAUGUCAACGCCUCUCCCCUGUGGUGCAGAAAGGGUUAAAAGCCCCUUCUGUCGCUUACCCGAGUCCAGCACUGAUGUUCCUUGGCGCUGACUUGGGCUCAACCUCCACUCCUCCCAGGAAGACCAAAUGCGCAUGAGCAGCUAUCGCCGCACACGCAUAAGAACUUUCCCUAUAGAAAACCAUUAUACAAUGCUUUCCUAUGGCAGGGCUCGACAAAUCCCAGGCGCCAGGUCGCCAUGGCGACAAAGAAUUUUGCCCAGGCGCCUGGGAUUGACCAGCUCGUUCACUCCUCCUACUCCUAUUUCAAUCCCCGCGUAGGUUUCUGUGCGCAGGUGUACCGGGAGGAAGUGAUCUGUAAUCUCCCAGCGCUGCGGCCGCACAGAGAACUAGCAAGCUAGCAGGACGCUUGGUAAAAUCGUCUCUGUUCACUGCCCUCCCCCCAUUUCACAGACACAAUGCCCGGCCAACCAAUCUAAUGUCUGCUGCUGUGCCCAGUCCCACUCGACCCCGGGGAAGCCACUCUCCUGCGCCCAAAAGGUAGGAAACAGGAGAGUGGCUAAAAAUAUGUAUUCACUUUUUUGUGUGUGUGUGUAAAUCUCUCCUGCAUGUAAGUCUGUGUGUAUGUGUGUGUAUUUGUCUGUGUGCAUCUAUGAUUCUCUGUGUGUGUAUCAAAUAAUAAAUAUCUUGUGAGUGUGUGAGAGGACACGUGUGUGUCUGCGUGUGUGUCUGUUUGCAUCUAUGAUUGUUUGUGUAUCAAAAAAUAAAUAUCUUGUGAGUGUGUGAGAGGAUGUGUGUGUGUGUCUGUCUGCGUGUGUGUCUGUGUGCAUCUAUGAUUCUUUAUGUGUGUAUCAAAAAAUAAAUAUCUUGUGAGUGUGUGAGAGGACACGUGUGUGUCUGCGUGUGUGUCUGUUUGCAUCUAUGAUUGUUUGUUUGUGUAUCAAAAAAUAAAUAUCUUGUGAGUGUGUGAAGACGUGUGUGUGUGUUUGUCUGUGUGCAUCUAUGAUUCUUUGUGUGUAUCAAAUAAUACAUAUCUUAUGAGUGUGUGAGAGGACGUUUGUGUGUGUGUCUAUCUGCAUGCAUCUAUGAUUCUUUGUGUGUGUAUCAAAUAAUACAUAUCUUGUGAGUUUGUGUGAGGAUGUGUGUGUGUCAGUGUAUGUGUCAGUGUGUGUCCUCCGAUCGCAUGGGAAUGGUGUUUUUACUCACCUGUUUUCCAACGCUGUGCCAGUCUCGCAGCAGCUUGCCUGCCUCCAUAACUGAGAUGAUCAAUUACCAAUCAACAUCUCCUCAUAGUGAAGCAUUAAAGCAAUGCAUCCCUAGGGGGAAUGUUCAGUGCCGCCUCUAUGCUGAAUGUAGGUGCUGCACAUGAUGUAGGAGACACUUUAGUGGCUGUUUGAGUGACUUCCACUAGAGGUAUUAUUAGGCAGCAAGGUAAACAUUGCCUUUUCUCUGAAAAUCCUACAGGGAUAGGUUAUAGACACCAGAGUCACUAAAUUAAGCUGUAGUGUUUCUGGUGACUACAGGGUCCCUUUAAGAAUUGUAUUUUUGACGUUGAAAUAAACUGGCUCCUAAUUUUUUUAGCUGGCUCCUUGAUUGAAAGCAAAUUUGUCAAGCCCUGUCCAAUGGGAUUUUGGGUAACGCUGGAUGUCCUCAUGCAUAGUGUGAGGACGUUUAGCAUCAGUUAGGCGACCGAAAGUUACCUAACGACCCGGAAGUCCCUCUAGUGGCUUGACAUCCACUUGAGGUGGAGUUAACCCACAAAGGUAAUUAUUGCAGUUUAUUAAAAACUAAGGGACCUGAUAAUAUGAACCCAGCCCACUUCAAUGAGCUGUAGUGGUCUGGGGGUCUACAGUGUCCCUUUAAGUUGCAGUGUAUUUCCAUCUUUUUUAAGUUACGCUUUUUAUAAAUAAACAUAUAUACAUAAAUAUAACCGGAAAUAUUUUCAGUUGAAAGCAUACAGAAAUGUAGCAAAAUCUUACUUAAAAAUAUGUAGGUAGUUUCUUCUAUAAUAGAUACAGCACAACCCCCUGAAAUGGACAAAUCUCUCCCAAAUACUUAAAUCUUUCCAUAAACAGUUACCUCUCUCCGAGAUAGUGUUUUUUUUUUGUUUUUUGUUUUUUCGUUUUGUAAAAAAAAAAUAAAAUAAAAAAAAAGAGAUGUUUAGAUAGGUCUGUUUGGCUCACAGAAGAUUUCUGAUAGAGUGUUACCUUAGAAAUUGAAUAAUCCACAAGUGUUUAUCCCUUUAUGUAACCGUAUGGUUAGGUUUUAAUUUCUUAUUAAUCCUCACAGUUUUUUUGUUUGUUUGUUUGUUUUUAAUACUGACAGUAUAAUCUUUCCUAAACAGCUGAGUCUGUGGAUUGGGAUGCUUUGGAAGAACUCCACUCCUCCGAUGGUACCAAGUAUGAUGAUAACGAGUCCAAAGUAUCUCUGUGGACUCCCGAUGAGGACUCUGAAAUCGAAAUAGCUAGUCUCUCCAAAACAUAUCAGAAAAAAAAUCAUGCAUCUUCGACUGCUUCUUCACUAGAAAAAAAUGCCUCACUCAAAGAUAAAGAUGAGAGUUUACUGAGCAGCAGUAAAGGUGAAGCUUCAACUAUAAGUUUUUGUAAAAGGCCAGAACCAGUUGCGGAUCCAGGGGGGGGGGCAACAGGGCAAUUCUCCCCUGCCGGCUAUUGCAGAGCUACCUCCCUACCCCCUCCCCCCCAUACACACAUUGCCCCACAAACACUGCCCCCCAUACAUACACUGAUCCACAAACACCGACCCCCAUACACACACUGCCCCACAAACACUGCCUCCUCAUACACACACUGCCCCACAAACACUGCCCCCCAUACAUACAGUGCCCCACAAACACUGCCUUCCCAUACACACACUGCCCCCAAUACACACACACUGCCCCCAUACACACAUGGCCCCACAAACACUGCCCCCAUACAUACAGUGCCCCAUAAACACCGCCUCUCACACACACACUGCACACCCAUAGACACAUUGCCCCCACACACAUUGCCCCACACACGAGACCCCCCCUUACACACUGCCCCACACACACAUACAGUGCCCCACACACACAUACAGUGCCCCCAUACACACACUGCCCCACACUCACAGUGCUCCCCAUACACACACUGCCCCCCCAUAUACACACUCUGCCACCCAUACACACAUUGCCACACACACACAUGUACACUGCCCACAUACACACACUGCCCUCCAUACACACACCGCCCCCCACACACAUACAGUGCCCCCACACACACACUGUGGUGCAGAAAGGGUUAAAAGCCCCUUCUGUCGCUUACCCGAGUCCAGCGCUGAUGUCCCUUGGCGCUGACUUGGGCUCAAACUCCACUCCUCCCAGGAAGACCAAAUGCACAUGCGCAGCUAUCGCCGCACACGUAUUAGAACUUUCCGUAUAGAAAACCAUUAUACAAUGCUUUCCUAUGGCAGGGCUCGACAAAUCCGCGGCGCCAGGUCGCCAUGGCGACAAAGAAUUUUGCCCAGGCGCCUGAGAUUGAUCAGCUCGUUCACUCCUCCUACUCCUAUUUCAAUCCCCGCGUAGGUUUCUGUGGGCAGGUGUACCAGGAGGAAGUGAUCAGUAAUCUCCCAGCGCUGCGGCCGCACAGAGAACUAGCAAGCUAGCAGGACACUUGGUAAAAUCGUCUCUGUUCACUGCCCUCCCCCCAUUUCACAGACACAAUGCCCGGCCAACCAAUCUAAUGUCUGCUGCUGUGCCCAGUCCCACUGGCCCCCGGGGAAGCCACUCUCCUGCGCCCAAAAGGUAGGAAACAGGAGAGUGGCUAAAAAUAUGUAUUCACUUUUUUGUGUGUGUGUGUAAAUCUCUCCUGCAUGUAAGUCUGUGUGUAUGUGUGUGUAUUUGUCUGUGUGCAUCUAUGAUUCUUUGUGUGUGUAUCAAAAAAUAAAUAUCUUGUGAGUGUGUGAGAGGAUGUGUGUGUGUGUGUGUCUGUCAGUGUGUGUCUGUCUGCGUGUGUGUAUUUGUCUGUAUGCAUCUAUGAUUCUCUGUGUGUGUAUCAAAAAAUAAAUAUCUUGUGAGUGUGUGAGAGGACACGUGUGUGUCUGCGUGUGUGUCUGUUUGCAUCUGAUUGUUUGUGUAUCAAAAAAUAAAUAUCUUGUGAGUGUGUGAGAGGAUGUGUGUGUGUGUGUCUGUCUGCGUGUGUGUCUGUGUGUAUCUAUGAUUCUUUAUGUGUGUAUCAAAAAAUAAAUAUCUUGUGAGUGUGUGAGGAUGUGUGUGUCUGUCAGUGUGUGUGUGUCUGUCUGUCUGCGUGUGUGUAUUUUUGUGCCUCUAUAAUUCUUUGUGUGUGUAUCAAAUAAUAAAUAUCUUGUGAGUGUGUGAAGACGUGUGUGUGUGUUUGUCUGUGUGCAUCUAUGAUUCUUUGUGUGUAUCAAAUAAUACAUAUCUUAUGAGUGUGUGAGAGGACAUGUUUGUGUGUGUGUCUAUCUGCAUGCAUCUAUGAUUCUUUGUGUGUGUAUCAAAUAAUACAUAUCUUGUGAGGAUGUGUGUGUGUCAGUCUGUCUGUCAGUGUACGUGUCAGUGUGUGUCCUCCGAUCGCAUGGGAAUGGUGUUUUUACUCACCUGUUUUCCAACGCUAUGCCAGUCUCGCAGCAGCUUGCCCGCCUCCAUAACUGAGAUGAUCAAUUACCAAUCAACAUCUCCUCAUAGUGAAGCAUUAAAGCAAUGCAUCCCUAGGGGGAACGUUCAGUGCCGCCUCUAUGCUGAAUGUAGGAGCUGCACAUGAUGUAGGAGACACUUUAGUGGCUGUUUGAGUGACUGCCACUAUAGGUAUUUUUAGGCAGCAAGGUAAACACUGCCUUUUCUCUGAAAAUCCUACAGGGACAGGUUAUAGACACCAGAGUCACUAAAUUAAGCUGUAGUGUUUUUGGUGACUACAGGGUCCCUUUAAGAAUUGUAUUUUUGACGUUGAAAUAAACUGGCUCCUAAUUUUUUUAGCUGGCUCCUUGAUUGAAAGCAAAUUUAUCAAGCCCUGUCCAAUGGGAUUUCGGGUAACGCUGGAUGUUCUCAUGCAUAGUGUGAGGACGUUAAGCAUCAGUUAGGCGACCGAAAGUUACCUAACGACCCGGAAGUCCCUCUAGUGGCUUGACAUCCACUUGAGGUGGAGUUAACCCACAAAGGUAAUUAUUGCAGUUUAUUAAAAACUGAGGGACCUGAUAAUAUGAACCCAGCCCACUUCAAUGAGCUGUAGUGGUCUGGGUGUCUACAGUGUCCCUUUAAGUUGCAGUGUAUUUCCAUCUUUUUUAAGUUACGCUUUUUAUAAAUAAACAUAUAUACAUAAAUAUAACUGGAAAUAUUUUCAGUUGAAAGCAUAUAGAAAUGUAGCAAAAUCUUACUUAAAAAUAUGUAGGUAGAUUCUUCUAUAAUAGAUACAGCACAUCCCCCUGAAAUGGACAAAUCUCUCCCAAAUACAUAAAUCUUUCCAUAAACAAUUACCUCUCUCCGAGAUAGUGUUUUUUUUGUUGUUUUUUUUGUUUUUCAUUUUGUAAAAAAAAAAAAAAAAAAAAGGUGUUUAGAUAGGUCUGUUUGGCUCACAGAAGAUUUCUGAUAGAGUGUUACUUUAGAAAUUGAAUAAUCCACAAGUGUUUAUCCCUUUAUGUAACCGUAUGGUUAGGUUUUAAUUUCUUAUUAAUCCUCGCUGUUUUUUUCUUUGUUUGUUUGUUUGUUUUUAAUACUGACAGUAUAAUCUUUCCUAAACAGCUGAGUCUGUGGAUUGGGAUGCUUUGGAAGAACUCCACUCCUCCGAUGGUACCAAGUAUGAUGAUAACGAGUCCAAAGUAUCUCUGUGGACUCCCGAUGAGGACUCUGAAAUCGAAAUAGCUAGUCUCUCCAAAACAUAUCAGAAAAACAAUCACGCAUCUUCGACUGCUUCUUCACUAGAAAAAAAUGCCUCACUCAAAGAUAAAGAUGAGAGUUUACUGAGCAGCAGUAAAGGUGAAGCUUCAACUAUAAGUUUUUGUAAAAGGCCAGAACCAGUUGCGGAUCCAGGGGGGGGGCAACAGGGCAAUUCUCCCCUGCUGGCUAAUGCAGAGCUGCCUCCCUACCCUCCUCCCCCCCCAUACACACAUUGCCCCACAAACACUACCCCCCAUACAUACACUGAUCCACAAACACCGACGCCCAUACACACACUGCCCCACAAACACUGCCUCCUCAUACACACACUGCCCCACAAACACUGCCCCCCCAUACAUACACUGCCCCACAAACACUGUCUCCCCAUACACACACUGCCCCCCAUACACACACUGCCCCCCAUACACACAUGGCCCCACAAACACUGCUCCCCCCCAUACAUACAGUGCCCCAUAAACACCGCCUCUCACACACACACUGCACACCCAUAGACACAUUGCCCCCACACACAUUGCCCCACACUCGAGACCCCACCUUACACACUGCCCCACACACACAUACAGUGCCCCACACACUGCCCCACACUCACAGUGCUCCACAUACACACACUGCCCCCCCAUAUACACACUCUGCCACCCAUACACACAUUGCCACACACACACAUGUACACUGCCCCCAUACACACACUGCCUCCAUACACACACCGCCCCACACACACAUACAGUGCCCCCCACACACAUACACUAUAGAUCGCCUUAAUAAACAUCAGCAGGAACAUUCUAAUGGGAUGCCUCUGGAAUGUGUAGAGUGCAGAACGUGUUUUAUUUCUACGUCAAAAUUUCUCAAACAUCAGAGGACACACAAUGACCAAAAGCGUUACACCUGCGACAUGUGGGAUACAGUAUGAAUAUAAGUCUCAGUUUGUUAUACACAUGCAAGCACACACUGGCGAAAAACCAUUUCAAUGUAACAUAUGCAGCGUGUCUUUCGGCCAUAAAUGUAGUCUUGUUGUCCAUCAAAAGAAACACACCGGCGAAAAGCCUUAUAGAUGCAAAAAAUGCAAGGACUCACGGAAAAGGACACCUUUGUAAAGAUUGUGGAAAAAGCUUUAUUUAUAAAUCAGCAUAUGUUAAACACCGAAAAAGGCAUAAUGAAUAAAGACUAUUUAUUUAGUGGGACAAUCUUGCAUAAAAACAUUUGAUAUAUGUAUUCGUUAACACAAAUGUUUUGGUUUGAACCUGCCCAUUGUUUUAAAGGGACACUAUAGUCACCAAAACAACUUUAGCUUAAUGAAGCAGUUUUAGUCUAUAGAUCAUGCCUCUGAAGUUUCACUGCUCAAUUCUCUGCCAUUUAGGAGUUAAAUCACUUUUGUUUCUGUUUAUGCAUCCCUAGCCACAUAUCCCCGGCUGUGACUGAUACAGCCUGCAUUUAAAAAAUGAUUUAAUUUUCAAUCAGAUGUUAACAUGAUUUAGAAGUUUUUAUCUCCUCUUUUAAUUGAACUUUAAUCACAGACUGAAAACUUCUGCAAAGUCUAGCAAGGAAUUGACAGGGCAGGAUAGAAAUACUAAAUUAAACAAAUAGUGCAAUAAAGGAAGGAUGAACAUUAGAUGACUCUUUACAGGAAGUGUUUAUGGAAGGCUGUGUAAGUCACAUUCAGGAAGGUGUGACUAGGGUUCAUAAACAAAGGGAUUUAACUCCUAAAUGGCAGAGGAUUGAGCAGUGAGACUGCAGGUGCAUGUUCUAUACACCAAAACUGCUCCAUUAAGCUAAAGUUGUUUUUGCAAUUUUGUGUCCCUUUAUGGUAUCUUGUUCCAAGGUAAAAUUUGGGUUGUUAUACUACUUUUUAUACUUUUACAGUAUUUUCGAUAUCUAUCAUCUUAUUCAAUGGAAGGAACAUGUUUUGGUUUUGAAUUAUUUUUUUAGAAGACGCAUGCAGAUUCUGGAGAUUGUCAUCCCCUGUUCAGUAUUAGAGGUUACGUUUGAAAGGUAACUUUAGUUUAACGCUGCCAACUGUGGUGACAUGAUUACUCAGAAACACUUUUUAUACAUAUCAGCACUUAUCUUGAUGUUUUUAUCUCCUUAUUGUGUAUAAAUCUUGUUUUGUUUUUUUAAUUGACUCAAUUUUAUAACAUCCAAAUGUCCAAUUUUUGUAGAAUCAAUACAAACACUGUAGGUUGUAUAGGGCAGAGGACAUUUUAUCGUAAUCUAAAAUUUCAUGUUGAGAUUCAAAUCAAACCUUGAUGAGUUUGUAAUUUUUAUUCAGUACAUUGUCUACAAUUAAAACGCGUUUUUAGACCUGGCCUGUUGCCGCUGAUUUUUUUUCAGCCUCCGUUCCUUGUCUAGAGAGAAUAAAU